AUGGCUCCCAUGGCUACCGAAGGAGUUGUUAGGAAGAUAACGUUCACCGUCGACAAUACAUAUCCAUAUCCUCAAUCGAGCAAACCAGUCGUAGGCGUAAACUACGCCUUUCCUGGCCCAACAAUCGAAGUGAACGAAAAUGAUACCCUUCAGAUUCGUGUAAUCAAUAAACUUCCACAAGGAACGACCCUUCAUUGGCAUGGUUUAUUUCAAAGGGGUACACAAGACAUGGAUGGUGCUGUGGGCGCCACACAGUGUCCCAUUCCGCCUAAUGCUGAAAUGACAUACACAUUUAAAGCUUUCCCUGGAGGUACUACUUGGUAUCAUGGCCACUAUCUAGAUCAAUAUGCAGAUGGUCUAGUUGGUCCAUUGAUUAUUCAUCGAGCAUACGAGCCGUCCCAAGCGCUUUAUCGUACUGAACGUACCUUAAUAAUAACUGAUUGGUACAAUGAUGUUUGUCGAACAACGUUAAACUCUUGGUAUUUAAGUCCGAGCAAUCCAGAUGCGAUAGAACCUAUACCUGAUGGUAUUGCUGUGAAUGGCAAGUUUUCUGAAUCAUUAUUCGUGAACGCCAAUGGUGAAAAACUCAUCCGUUUUAGAAUAAUUAAUGCUGCAGCAUUUUCCAUGUAUACUGUUUCAAUCGAUGGAUUACAAUUAAAGAUUAUUGAACUCGAUCAGACACCUGUUAAACCAUAUACAGUAUCAUCUUUUGCUAUCAACGUUGCACAACGAGUUUCUUUCUGCGUGGAUUUGAAUCAAUUUAACCAAAGCAUUGUACCUUCUGGACUGGCACCAACAAAAUCAAUUUACAUUCGAAUAACAGCGAUGGCAGACAUGUAUCCUGUUGACAUUGCCACCUAUAUUCCUCCAUAUAAGACACCAAGUGUUCUAUUUCCAACAUUUUUCAACCCGUCAUACCUGGCUUAUUUAACAUUUGGUUCAAGUAAUUCAUUACCAACAUAUCCAGCCCAUCAAGAAGGCUCGAAUCCUCCACCUCCUGGAAAUAUAUCGGAUACUAAUUUGUUAGAUGCUCGACCAUUCUACCGAACUAACAUUCCUAAUGCAAACCAUUAUUUGAAAUUAGUUGUCGACUUUUAUGAAGAUUCUUCUGGGAUUGUUCGUGCGUAUUUUAACGAUAUCACCUAUGGUUCUAAUCCGCUUAAUCUUACCAGCACAAAGAAACUUAAAAAAUUGCGUUCGUCGCCUAACAUACCACUACUCUAUCAGAUGACACAGGCACCGAACGGAAUCGAUAUUCCCCCUCCAAUUAUAACGAGUGACAGUCCAUUACCAUCCAUACAAAGUGACAAAUAUGGACACUACUUAAUUCCAUAUGGAGCUGUUGUGGACAUCUAUAUUGAGAACAGAGAUGCAGGUGAGCAUCCAUUUCAUUUGCAUGGUUACAGCUUUUGGAUUAUAGCAACUUCGGAAAAUCCACAAGCUGAAAACUUAUAUGCUGGAGAUUACGUACAACGUGACACAGUGAGCGUACCAGCUAGUGGUUGGGCUAAACUACGGUUUGUAGCUAAUAAUCCAGGCGCUUGGCUCUUCCACUGUCACAUCGAAUGGCAUAUGGAUGCAGGACUCCUUGCAGCUUUUAUAGUUGGCCCUCAACAACUGGCAGCACAAAAAUUCACCUAUGUACCACCUCCCAAGAAGUUUUGCCAAUAA